GAAACUUUUGCCAUGGGUGUAAACAUGCCGGCAAAAACAGUUCUGUUUGAGAGUAUGAUGAAGUUCGACGGGAAAGCGCUCCGCCCCGUGCUGUCCAGCGAGUACACACAGAUGUCUGGACGAGCCGGGCGCCGAGGGCAUGACACCACGGGCACCGUCAUAGUGCUCUGCAACGGGGAAGUGCCGAAUUUGG